AUGGACCCCUCCUCGCUCAGUGGCGCGCCCCGCUUCCUGACGCGGCCCAAGGCCUUCGUGGUGUCCGUGGGCAAGGACGCCACGCUAAGCUGCCAGAUCGCGGGCAACCCCACGCCGCAGGUGAGCUGGGAGAAGGACCGGCAACCAGUGGAGCCCAGCGCGCGCUUCCGCCUGGCCCAGGACGGAGACCUGUACCGCCUCACCAUCCUGGACCUGGCGCUUGGAGACAGUGGGCAGUAUGUGUGCCGCGCGCGCAAUGCCAUCGGGGAGGCCUUCGCGGCUGUCGGCCUGCAGGUGAACGCUGAGGCCGCGUGUGCUGAGCAGGCACCGCACUUCCUGCUGCGCCCCACGUCCAUCCGCGUGCGGGAGGGCGCCGAUGCCACGUUCCGUUGCCGCGUGCGCGGCUCUCCGCCGCCGGCAGUGAGCUGGUCCAAGGACGGGCGGCGUCUGGGCGCGCCCGAUGCCCCGCGUGUGCGUGUGGAGGAGCGGGGCGAUGCAAGCUCGCUGCGUAUCCAGGCUGCACGCCCGCGUGAUGGCGGCACCUACGAGGUGCGUGCUGAGAAUCCCCUGGGCACCGCCAGUGCGGCCGCGGCGCUCGUGGUGGAUGCGGACGCCGACGUGACCGGCCCGCCCGGGGCGUCCACCGCCGCACUCCUGGCGCACCUGCAGCGGCGGCGCGAGGCUAUGCGUGCGGAUGACGCCCCUCCCUCGCCACCUGGCUCAGGCACGCGCACCUGCACGGUGACCGAGGGCAAGCAUGCACGCCUCAGCUGCUUCGUGACGGGUGAGCCCAAGCCCGAGACGCUGUGGAAGAAGGACGGGCAGCCGGUGGCCGAGGGCCGGCGGCACGUGGUGUACGAGGACGCGCAGGAGAACUUCGUGCUCAAGAUCCUGUUCUGCAGGCAGGAGGACCGCGGCCUGUACACCUGCACGGCAUCCAACCUUGUGGGCCAGACCUACAGCUCGGUGCUGCUGGUCGUGCGCGAGCCUGCCGUGCCCUUCCGGAAGCGGCUGCAGGACCUGGAGGUGCGCGAGAAGGAGUCGGCCACGUUCCUGUGCGAGGUGCCACAGCCGGCCACGGAGGCCGCGUGGUUCAAGGAGGAGACGCGGCUGUGGGCGAGUGCGAAGUACGCCAUUGAGCAGGAGGGCACGGAGCGCCGGUUGACUGUGCACAACGCCUCGGCUGACGACGACGCCGUGUACAUCUGCGAGACCGCUGAAGGCAGCCGCACGGUGGCUGAGCUCAACGUCCGAGGCAACCUGACUCGAAAGCUGCCUCGGAAGACGGCAGUGCGUGUGGGGGACAUGGCCAUCUUUUGUGUGGAGCUGGCCAUCCCUGAGGGCCCAGUUCGCUGGCUGCGGAACCAGGAGGAGGUGGUGGCUGGAGGCCGCGUGGCCAUCACUGCUGAAGGCACGAGCCACACACUGACCAUCUCCCAGUGCAACCUGGACGAUGCAGGGGAGGUGGUCUUUGUGGCUGGCAGCUGCCGCACGUCCACGCAGUUCUGUGUGUCGGUGCCCAGGAGACCACCCUUGCAUCCCCCUGUGGACCCCGUGGUGCUGGCCAAGGCAGAGAGUUCCGUGACCCUCAGCUGGUCCCCACCGCCCCAUGGGGACCGCCCCGUAACCAUCGACGGCUACCUGGUAGAGAAGAGGCGGCUCGGGACCCACAUCUGGAGCCGCUGCCACGAAGCAGAGUGGGUGGCCACGCCACAGCUGACCGUGGCUGGUGUGGCCGAGGAGGGGGACUUCCAGUUCCGGGUGUCGGCUGUCAACAGCUUUGGUCAGAGUCCCUACCUUGAGUUCCCAGGGACUGUGCAUCUUGUCCCCCAGCUGGCCGUGAGGACGCCCCUGAAGGCGGUGGAGGCAGUGGAGGGUGGCGAGGUCAGCUUCUCCGUGGAGCUCACCAUGGCCUCAGCAGGCGAGUGGUUCCUGGACGGGCAGGCCCUGAAGGCCAGCAGAACGUACAAGAUCCUGUGCAGCGGCACCAGGCACACACUCACCAUCUGCGAGGUGCCCGCCAGUCUGCACGGGGCCCAGCUCAAGUUUGUGGCAGACGGCAUAGAGAGCAGCGUCCGUGUGGAGGUCCGAGCGGCCCCAGGGCUGACCGCGCACAAGCCUCCAGCAGCAGCUGCCCGGGAGGUGCUGGCCCGACUGCAUGAGGAGGCCCAGCUGCUGGCAGAGCUGUCUGACCAGGCAGCAGCCGUGACGUGGCUGAAGGACGGCCGUGAGCUGCCCUUGGGCCCCAAGUAUGAGGCGCGUGCGUCGGCGGGGCGGCGGGUACUGCUGGUGCGUGAUGUGGUACGUGACGACGCCGGCCUCUAUGAGUGUGUCAGCCCUGGGGCCCGCAUCGCCUGCCAGCUGUCAGUGCAAGGCCUCACAUCCUUUCUGCACAAGGACACAGCUGGUGGCCGUGUGGAUGCCGUGGCUGGGGGCCAAGCCCAGUUCGAGUGUGAGACCUCGGAAGCCCACAUCCCCGUGCGCUGGUUCAAGGAUGGCUUGGAGCUGGGGUGCUCCAGCCAGCGGGUCUCCCAGGAAGACGUGGGCACACGGCACCGGCUGGUGCUGGCCUCAGUUACCAGGCAGGAUGAGGGCACCUACUCCUGCCGUGUGGGUGGGGACGCCGUGGACUUCCAGCUCCGUGUUUCUGAGCCCAAGGUGGUGUUUGCCAAGGGGCAGCCGGCGCUCAGCCAGGUCCAGGCCGAGGCGGGGGCCAGCGCCACGCUGAGCUGCGAGGUGGCCCAGGCUCAGACGCAGGUGACGUGGUACAAGGACGGGAAGAAGCUGAGCUCGAGCUCGAAGGUGCGCGUGGAGGCCGCGGGCUGCACACGGCGGCUGGUGGUGCAGCAGGCGGGCCAGGCGGACGCCGGGGAGUACAGCUGCGAGGCCGGGGGCCAGCGGGUCUCCUUCCGCCUGGACGUCCCAGAGCCCAAGGUGGUGUUUGCCAAGGGGCAGCCGGCGCUCAGCCAGGUCCAGGCCGAGGCGGGGGCCAGCGCCACGCUGAGCUGCGAGGUGGCCCAGGCCCAGACGCAGGUGACGUGGUACAAGGACGGGAAGAAGCUGAGCUCGAGCUCGAAGGUGCGCGUGGAGGCCGCGGGCUGCACACGGCGGCUGGUGGUGCAGCAGGCGGGCCAGGCGGACGCCGGGGAGUACAGCUGCGAGGCCGGGGGCCAGCGGGUCUCCUUCCGCCUGGACGUCGCAGAGCCCAAGGUGGUGUUUGCCAAGGGGCAGCCGGCGCUCAGCCAGGUCCAGGCCGAGGCGGGGGCCAGCGCCAUGCUGAGCUGCGAGGUGGCCCAGGCCCAGACGCAGGUGACGUGGUACAAGGACGGGAAGAAGCUGAGCUCGAGCUCGAAGGUGCGCGUGGAGGCCGCGGGCUGCACACGGCGGCUGGUGGUGCAGCAGGCGGGCCAGGCGGACGCCGGGGAGUACAGCUGCGAGGCCGGGGGCCAGCGGGUCUCCUUCCGCCUGGACGUCGCAGAGCCCAAGGUGGUGUUUGCCAAGGGGCAGCCGGCGCUCAGCCAGGUCCAGGCCGAGGCGGGGGCCAGCGCCACGCUGAGCUGCGAGGUGGCCCAGGCCCAGACGCAGGUGACGUGGUACAAGGAUGGGAAGAAGCUGAGCUCGAGCUCGAAGGUGCGCGUGGAGGCCACGGGCUGCACACGGCGGCUGGUGGUGCAGCAGGCGGGCCAGGCGGACGCCGGGGAGUACAGCUGCGAGGCCGGGGGCCAGCGGGUCUCCUUCCGCCUGGACGUCGCAGAGCCCAAGGUGGUGUUUGCCAAGGGGCAGCCGGCGCUCAGCCAGGUCCAGGCCGAGGCGGGGGCCAGCGCCACGCUGAGCUGCGAGGUGGCCCAGGCCCAGACGCAGGUGACGUGGUAUAAGGACGGGAAGAAGCUGAGCUCGAGCUCGAAGGUGCGCGUGGAGGCCGCGGGCUGCACACGGCGGCUGGUGGUGCAGCAGGCGGGCCAGGCGGACGCCGGGGAGUACAGCUGCGAGGCCGGGGGCCAGCGGGUCUCCUUCCGCCUGGACGUGGCAGAGCCCAAGGUGGUGUUUGCCAAGGAGCAGCCGGCGCUCAGCCAGGUCCAGGCCGAGGCGGGGGCCAGCGCCACGCUGAGCUGCGAGGUGGCCCAGGCCCAGACGCAGGUGACGUGGUACAAGGACGGGAAGAAGCUGAGCUCGAGCUCGAAGGUGCGCGUGGAGGCUGCGGGCUGCACACGGCGGCUGGUGGUGCAGCAGGCGGGCCAGGCGGACGCCGGGGAGUACAGCUGCGAGGCCGGGGGCCAGCGGGUCUCCUUCCGCCUGGACGUCCCAGAGCCCAAGGUGGUGUUUGCCAAGGAGCAGCCGGCGCUCAGCCAGGUCCAGGCCGAGGCGGGGGCCAGCGCCACGCUGAGCUGCGAGGUGGCCCAGGCCCAGACGCAGGUGACGUGGUACAAGGACGGGAAGAAGCUGAGCUCGAGCUCGAAGGUGCGCGUGGAGGCCGCGGGCUGCACACGGCGGCUGGUGGUGCAGCAGGCGGGCCAGGCGGACGCCGGGGAGUACAGCUGCGAGGCCGGGGGCCAGCGGGUCUCCUUCCGCCUGGACGUCGCAGAGCCCAAGGUGGUGUUUGCCAAGGAGCAGCCGGCGCUCAGCCAGGUCCAGGCCGAGGCGGGGGCCAGCGCCACGCUGAGCUGCGAGGUGGCCCAGGCCCAGACGCAGGUGACGUGGUACAAGGACGGGAAGAAGCUGAGCUCGAGCUCGAAGGUGCGCGUGGAGGCCGCGGGCUGCACACGGCGGCUGGUGGUGCAGCAGGCGGGCCAGGCGGACGCCGGGGAGUACAGCUGCGUGGCCGGGGGCCAGCGGGUCUCCUUCCGCCUGGACGUCGCAGAGCCCAAGGUGGUGUUUGCCAAGGAGCAGCCGGCGCUCAGCCAGGUCCAGGCCGAGGCGGGGGCCAGCGCCACGCUGAGCUGCGAGGUGGCCCAGGCCCAGACGCAGGUGACGUGGUACAAGGACGGGAAGAAGCUGAGCUCGAGCUCGAAGGUGCGCGUGGAGGCUGCGGGCUGCACACGGCGGCUGGUGGUGCAGCAGGCGGGCCAGGCGGAUGCCGGGGAGUACAGCUGCGAGGCCGGGGGCCAGCGGGUCUCCUUCCGCCUGGACGUCGCAGAGCUGGAGCCCGGAGCUGCCGGGAGCCGGGGCCGCAGGGAGCCUGUGGUGGUCAAAGAGCAUGAGGACAUCGUCUUAGUGGCCACGCUGGCCACGCCGUCCGCGGCUACUGUGAGCUGGCUCAAGGACGGUGUGGAGAUUCGCCGCAGCCAGCGGCACGUGAUAGCCAGCCAGGGGGACACCCACACCCUGACGGUGCACAGUGCCCAGGUUCUGGACAGUGCCGUCUACAGCUGCCGCGCAGGUGACAGGGGGGAGGACUUCGCCGUGCAGGUGCAAGAGGUGGCCACCAUGUUUCUCCGGCCGCUGGAGCCUGUGAGUGGGGAGCUGGGUGGCUCCGUGACGCUGGCCUGUGAGCUGAGUGUGCCCCAGGCCCCAGUGGCAUGGCGCUGUGGGGACAUACAACUGCGGCCUGGCCGGCGCUUCCAGAUGGAGGCCACGGGCCCUCUGCGUACGCUUACUGUCUUGGGGCUGCGUGCUGAGGACGCAGGCGAGUAUGUGUGUGAGACCCGUGACGACCGCACCAGCACACACCUGUCGGUUCACGUGCCCCGUGUGGUCAAGUUCACAUCUGGGCUGAGCACUGUGGUUGCCGAGGAGGGCCGCGAGGCCACCUUCCAGUGUGUGGUGUCCCCGGAGGAUGCGGCAGUCACCUGGUACCGCGACGGUGCCGAGCUGCAGCCCGGCGAGAAGGUGCUCAUCUCCCGGAGUGGCGCUGGCCACAGCCUGACCAUCUCCUGCCUGGCCCUGGAGGAUGCGGGCCAGAUCUCUGCCAAGGCAGAGGGCGCGUCCACCUCGGCUGCCCUGCGGGUUCGCGAGGCCCCAGUGCUGUUCAGGAAGAAGCUGGAGCCUCAGACGGUGGAGGAGCGGACCUCGGUGACGCUGGAGGUGGAGCUGACGCGACCAUGGCCGGAGGUGAAGUGGACGCGGAACGCGGUGGCCCUGGUGCCUGGUGAGAAUGUGGAGAUCCACGCCGACGGAGUGCGCCACCGCCUGGUCCUUCUCAGCGUGGGGUUUGAAGACCGUGGCUUCUUUGGCUGCGAGACGCCUGAUGACAAAACGCAGGCCAAGCUCAGCGUGGAGAUGCGUCAGGUGCGGCUAGUGCGUGGCCUGCAGGCGGUGGAGGUGCGGGAGCAGGGCACGGCCACCAUGCAGGUGGAGCUCUCACACGCCGACGUGGAGGGCAGCUGGACCCGGGAUGGCCUGCGCCUGCAGCCGGGACCCACCUGCCACCUGACCGUGCAUGGCCCCACUCACACCCUCACGUUGUCGGAGCUGCGGCCGCAGGACAGUGGCCUGGUGGCCUUCAGGGCAGAGGGCGUGCACACCUCGGCUCAGCUCGUCGUCACUGAGCUGCCGGUGCACUUCCGCCGCCCGCUGCAGGACGUCGUGGCUACAGAGAAGGGCAAGGUCACCCUGGAGUGUGAGCUGUCGCGACCCAACGUCGCCGUGCGCUGGCUGAAGGAUGGCGUGGAGGUGCGGGCGGGCAGGACUGUGGGCAUCACGGCCCAGGGUGCCUGCAGGAGCCUCACCCUCUUCCGCGUUGAGCCCGGGGACCAGGGCAUGUACGUGUGUGAUGCUCGGGAUGCUCAGACCUCCGCCUCCCUGACGGUGCAAGGGAGGACACAUACCCUCAUUUACCGGAAAGUGCUGGCGGGCGACGCAGGGGAAAUCAAGUUCGUGGCAGAAGGAGCCGAGUCUCGAGCCCAGCUCCGAGUGAAAGAGCUGCCGGUGACCCUGGUGCGCCCUCUGCGGGACAAGAUUGCCAUGGAGAGGCACCGCGGCGUGCUCGAAUGCCAGCUGUCUCGGGCCAGUGCACAGGUGCGGUGGUUCAAGGGCAGCGUGGAGCUGCAUCCCGGGGCCAAGUACGACAUGGUCAGCGACGGGGUCUACCGCAAGCUGGUCAUCCGGGACGUGCAGCCCGAGGACGAGGACACCUACACCUGCGACGCCGGCGACGUGCAGACCAGCGCCCAGUUCUUUGUGGAAGAGCAAUCUAUCAGCAUCGUGCGGGACCUGCAGGACGUCACAGUGAUGGAGCCUGCCCCGGCCUGGUUUGAGUGCGAGACCUCUAUCCCCUCGGUGCGACCACCCAAGUGGCUGCUGGGCAAGACAGUGCUGCAGGCCGGGGCGGACGUGGGGCUGGAGCAGGAGGGCACUGUGCACCGGCUGACCCUGCACCGCACCUACUCCACCAUGACGGGGCCUGUGCACUUCACCAUCGGCAAGGCCCGCUCCUCCGCCCGCCUCGUGGUCUCGGAUGUCCCUGUGGUGCUCGUGCGGCCGCUGGAGCCCAAGGCGGGCCGUGAGGGGCAGUCGGUGGUGCUGUCCUGUGACUUCAGGCCGCCCCCCAAGGCUGUGCAGUGGUACAAGGAGGACACACCCCUGGCUCCGACCCACAAGUUCAAGAUGAGGCUGGAGGGCCAGAUGGCAGAGCUGCGCAUCCUGCGGCUUACACCUGCUGACGCCGGCGUCUACCGGUGCCAGGCGGGCAGUGCCCAGAGCGAUGCCACGGUCACUGUGGAAGUGCGGGAGGUGACGGUGACGCAGCCACUGCAAGAUGCCGUGGCUACCGAAGGGGGCCGGGCCUGCUUCUCGCUGGAGCUGUCGCAUGAGGACGAGGAGGUCGAGUGGUCACUCAACGGGACGCCCCUGUACAGUGACAGCUUCCAUGAGAUCAGCCAUGAGGGCCGGCGGCACACGCUGGUGAUGAAGACCGUGCAGCCAGCCGAUGCCGGCACCGUGCGCGCUGCCUCCCCCAAGGUGUCGGCUUCUGCCCGCCUGGAGGUCAAAGGGAAGCCAGUGGUGUUCCUGAAGGCGCUGGAUGAUGUGUCGGUGGAGGAGCGUGGCACGCUGACCCUGAAGUGUGAGGUCUCCAGCCCAGAGGCCAGCGUGGUGUGGUGCAAAGAUGGCGUGGAGCUGGUGCCCGGCAACAAGUGUGACUUCCUGCACACAGCGUGUAUGCGCGGGCUCGUGGUGCAUGACCUGAGCCGUGAGGAUGCUGGCCUGUACACCUGCCGGGUGGGCACCGAGGAGACCCGGGCCCGGGUCAGUGUGCACGAUCUGCUUGUGGGCAUCACCAAGAGGCUGAAGUCCGUGGAGGUGCUGGCUGGAGACAGCUGCAGCUUCGAGUGCGUCCUGUCCCAUGAGAGUGCCGAGGAGUCGGCUGUGUGGACGGUUGGCGGGAAGACGGUGGGCACCUCCGGCCGCUUCCAGGCCAUGCGCCAGGGCCGCAGAUACACCUUGGUGGUCCAGGAGGCCGAGCCCAGUGAUGCUGGGGAGGUGGUCUUCUCGGUGCGAGGCCUCACCUCCAAGGCCUCGCUCGUCGUCAGAGAGCGGCCGGUGGCUAUCACCAAGCCCCUGGAGGACCAGCGGGCAGUGCUGGGGGAGGACGUGGUGCUGAGCUGCGAGCUUGCCCGUGCCGGCAGCUUGGUGCGCUGGCUAAAGGACGGGAAGGCCAUUCGCAAGAGCCAGAAGUAUGACGUCCUCAACGAGGGCACCAGGGCCGUGCUGGUCAUCCGGGGGGCCCAGGUCAAGGAUUCUGGCAUGUAUACCUGUGAGGCAGAAGCUGCCAAGAGCACCGCCAGCCUGCGUGUGGAAGAGAAGGCAAACCGGUUCACCGAGGAGCUGGCUGACCUGCAGGUGGAGGAGCAGGGCACGGCUGUGUUCACCUGCAGGACAGAAAGCCCGGCCGCCCAGGUGACCUGGCGCAAGGGCCUCACGGAGCUACGGGCCUCGGGGAAGCACACGCCCAGCCAGGAGGGCCUCACCCUGAGGCUCACCAUCAGCACCCUGGAGAGGGCAGACAGUGACACCUACGUCUGCGACAUCGGCCAGGCCCAGACCCAGGCGCGGCUGCUGGUGCAAGCCCGCAGGGUGCUCAUCACGGAGGGCCUGGAGGACGCCGAGGUGCAGGAGGGCUCCUCAGCCACCUUCUGUUGCCGCAUCUCCCCCGCCGACUACGAGCCGGUGCACUGGUUCCUGGACAAGACACCCCUGCAGGCCAACGAGCUCAACGAGAUGGAGACCCAGCCCGGGGGCUACCACGUGCUCACCAUGCGGCAGCUGGCACUCAAGGACUCGGGCACCGUCUACUUCGAGGCGGGUGACCAGAGGACCUCGGCUGCCCUGCGGGUCACUGAGAAGCCGAGUGUCUUCUCCCAGGAGCUCACGGAUACCACAGUCACUGAGGGUGAGGACCUGACCCUCCUCUGUGAGACCAGGGCACCUGUCAGCCCCGUGCGCUGGACCAAGGACGGGAAGACCCUGCGGCCAUCUGCUCGGUGCCAGCUGAGCUACGAGGGCCGCCGGGCCCAGCUGACCAUCGUGGGCACUGCUCUGCAGGACGGUGGCCGUUACAAGUGUGAAGCCGGGGGUGCUUCCAGCAGCUCCAUCGUCAGGGUCCACGCUCGGCCAGUGCGGUUCCAGGAGGCGCUAAGGGACCUGGAGGUGGCCGAGGGUGGCGCCGCCACGCUGCGCUGUGUGCUGUCGGCUGUGGCCGCACCUGUGGAGUGGCGCCGGGGAGACCAGGUCCUGAGGCCCAGCAGCAAGUAUGGCCUGCGCCAAGAGGGCGCUGUGCUGGAGUUGGUGGUUCGUGACCUGCAGCCCCAGGACAGUGGGCAGUUCUCCUGCUCCUUCGGAGACCAGAUGACCUCAGCCACCCUCACCGUGAAGGCUCUGCCUGCCCAGUUCGUAGGAAAGCUGAGGAACAAGGAGGCCACAGAAGGGGCCACGGCCACGCUGCGGUGUGAGCUGAGCAAGGCGGCCCCUGUGGAGUGGAGGAAGGGGUCUGAGACCCUCAGAGACGGGGACAGACACAGCCUGAGGCAGGAGGGGGCUGUGUGUGAGCUGCACAUCCGUGGCCUGAAGGUGGCAGACGCUGGAGAGUACUCGUGUGUGUGCGGGCAGGAGAAGACCUCGGCCACGCUCACCGUCACAGCCCUGCCUGCCCAGUUCAUAGAGAAACUGAGAAACAAGGAGGCCACAGAAGGGGCCACGGCCACGCUGCGGUGUGAGCUGAGCAAGGCGGCCCCUGUGGAGUGGAGGAAGGGGUCUGAGACCCUCAGAGACGGGGACAGACACAGCCUGAGGCAGGAGGGGGCCGUGUGUGAGCUGCACAUCCGUGGCCUGGCCGUGGCAGAUGCUGGAGAGUACUCGUGUGUGUGCGGGCAGGAGAAGACCUCGGCCACGCUCACCGUCAAGGCCCUGCCUGCCAAGUUCAUGAAGGGACUGAAGAAUGAAGAGGCCACAGAAGGGUCCACGGCCACGCUGUGGUGUGAGCUGAGCAAGGCGGCCCCUGUGGAGUGGAGGAAGGGGUCUGAGACCCUCAGAGACGGGGACAGACACAGCCUGAGGCAGGAGGGGGCUGUGUGUGAGCUGCACAUCCAUGACCUGAAGGUGGCAGAUGCUGGAGAGUACUCGUGUGUGUGCGGGCAGGAGAAGACCUCGGCCACGCUGACCAUCAGGGCCCUGCCUGCCACGUUCAUGAAGGGACUGAAGAAUGAAGAGGCCACAGAAGGGUCCACGGCCACGCUGCGGUGUGAGCUGAGCAAGGCGGCCCCUGUGGAGUGGAGGAAGGGGUCUGAGACCCUCAGAGACGGGGACAGACACAGCCUGAGGCAGGAGGGGGCCGUGUGUGAGCUGAAGAUCCAUGACCUGAAGGUGGCAGAUGCUGGAGAGUACUCGUGUGUGUGCGGGCAGGAGAAGACCUCGGCGACGCUCACAGUCAAGGCCCUGCCUGCCACGUUCAUGAGGGGACUGAGGAACGAAGAAGCCACAGAAGGGUCCACGGCCACGCUGCGGUGUGAGCUGAGCAAGGCGGCCCCUGUGGAGUGGAGGAAGGGGUCUGAGACCCUCAGAGACGGGGACAGACACAGCCUGAGGCAGGAAGGGGCGGUGUGUGAGCUGCACAUCCGUGGCCUGAAGGUGGCAGACGCUGGAGAGUACUCGUGUGUGUGCGGGCAGGAGAGGACCUCGGCUACGCUCACUGUCCAGGCCCUGCCUGCCACGUUCAUGAAGGGACUGAAGAACGAAGAGGCCACAGAAGGGUCCACGGCCACGCUGCGGUGUGAGCUGAGCAAGGCGGCCCCUGUGGAGUGGAGGAAGGGGUCUGAGGCCCUCAGAGAUGGGGACAGACACAGCCUGAGGCAGGAGGGGGCCGUGUGUGAGCUGCACAUCUGUGGCCUGAAGGUGACAGACACUGGAGAGUACUCGUGUGUGUGCGGGCAGGAGAGGACCUCGGCCACACUCACCAUCAAGGCCCUGCCUGCCAGAUUCACAGAAGACAUGAGAAACCUUGAAGCCACAGAAGGGUCCACGGCCACGCUGCGGUGUGAGCUGAGCAAGGCGGCCCGUGUGCAGUGGAGGAAGGGGUCUGAGACCCUCAGAGACGGGGACAGACACAGCCUGAGGCAGGAGGGGGCCGUGUGUGAGCUGAAGAUCCAUGACCUGAAGGUGGCAGAUGCUGGAGAGUACUCGUGUGUGUGCGGGCAGGAGAAGACCUCGGCCACGCUGACCAUCAGGGCCCCCCAGGUGGUGUUCCAGGAGCCCCUGCAGCACCUGCAGGUGGAGGAAGGUGCCACAGCCAGCCUGCGGUGCGAGCUGUCCACCCCCACUGCUGCUGUGGUCUGGAGCAAGGGCGGCCUAGAGCUGCUGGCCGAUGAUCGCCGGGAGCCCAGGCGGCAGGGCUGCGUGGCAGAGCUGUUGCUGCGGGAUCUGCGCCGGGAGGACGCGGGCGAGUAUACCUGCGCCUGCGGCUCCCAGGCCACCAGCGCCACGCUCACCAUCACAGCUGCACCUGUGCGGUUCCUGCAGGAAUUGCAGGCCCAGGAGGUGGAAGAGGGAGCCACGGCACACCUGCGCUGUGAACUGAGCCGGGCUGGUGCCAGCGUGGAGUGGCGCAAGGGCUCGCUGCAGCUCUUCCCCUGCGCCAAGUACCAGAUGGUGCAGGCGGGCACGGCCGCCGAGCUGCUGGUGCGUGGUGCCGAGCAGGAGGACGCAGGCGACUACACAUGCGAUGCUGGGGUCUCCAGCAGCACCGCCAGCCUCGUGGUCCAUGCCCCCAGAUCCAAGUUCAAGACCCGGCUGCAGAAUGUGGAGGCAGAGGUGGGCGGUGAGGCCCGGCUGUGCUGCCGACUGAGUGAGGUCGAGGAGGGACCCGUGCAGUGGCUCAAGGAGGGCGAGGAGCUGCGUGGGGGCCCCAAGUACGAGAUGCUGCACCGCGGGGCCGCCUGUGAGCUGCGCAUCCGCGGGUUGGAGGCCAAGGACACGGGCGAGUACACCUGCACCGUGGGCGGCCAGAAAACCACGGCUUCCCUCAGGGUCAGAGAGCCCGAGGUGACCAUCGUGCGUGGGCUGGCCGAUGCUGAGGUGCAAGCUGACGAGGAUGUGGAGUUCAGCUGUGAGCUGUCGCGGGCGGGGGCGGAUGUGCAGUGGCGUCUCCAGGGCCUGCUGCUGCAGAACAAUGAGGUGACGGAGCUGACCGUGAGGGGCGACCGCACCCACGUGCUGCAGCUACGGGCUGUGACCCCUGAGGACGCUGGCACCGUCUCCUUCCACGUGGGUGGCCACACGUCCUCUGCCCGGCUCACCGUCCGAGCCCCUGAGGUGACCAUCCUGGAGCCCCUGCGGGAUGUGCAGCUCAGUGAGGGCCAGGAUGCCCACUUCCAAUGCCGGCUGUCCAGGGCCUCAGGCCAGGAGGCCCGUUGGUCUUUGGGAGGGGUGCCCCUGCAGGCCAAUGAGAUGAACGACAUCACUGUGGAGCAGGGGACGCUGCACUUGCUCACCCUGCACAAGGUGACUGCUGAGGAUGCCGGGACCGUCAGUUUCCACAUGGGCUCCUGCAGCUCCGAGGCCCAGCUGAAGGUCACAGCCAGGAACACAGUGGUGCGGGGCCUGGAGAACGUGGAGGCCCCCGAGGGUGGCGAGGCGCUGUUCGAGUGCCAGCUGUCCCGGCCCGAGGUGGCUGCCCAGACCUGGCUGCUGGACGAUGAGCCGGUGCAUAGCUCGGAACGCGCCGAAGUGGUCUACUUCGAGAACGGCCUGCGGCACCUGCUGCUGCUCAAGAACCUGCGGCCUCAGGACAGCUGCCGGGUGACCUUCCUGGCCGGGGACGUGGUGACCUCUGCGUUCCUCACUGUCAGAGGCUGGCGCCUGGAGAUCCUGGAGGCCCCGCGGGACUUGGCGGUGCUGGCCGGGGCGCAGGCCCGCUUCAGCUGCACGCUCAGCGAGGCCGUGCCCGUGAGCGAGGCGAGCUGGUACGUCAACGGGGCUGCUGUGCAGCCGGAUGACCCCGACUGGAUGGUCACUGUAGAUGGCAGCCACCACGCCCUGCUGCUGCGCCACGCCCAGCCACACCAUGCUGGGGAGGUCACCUUUGCCGCCCGCGAUGCCCUGGCCUCUGCGCGGCUCACUGUGCUGGGCCUCCCUGACCCCCCUGAGGACGCGGAGGUGGUGGGGCGCAGUGGUCACUCUGUGACGCUGUCCUGGGCAGCUCCCACAAGCGAUGGUGGUGCUGGUCUCUGUGGCUACCGUGUAGAGAUGAAGCAGGGAGCCACUGGCCAGUGGCGCUUGUGCCAUGAGCUGGUGCCUGGGCCCGAGUGCGUGGUGGAUGGCCUGCGUCCUGGGGAGGCCUACCGCUUCCGCGUGGCUGCUGUGGGUCCGGCGGGCACAGGGGAGCCCGUGCACCUGCCCCAGACCGUCUGUCUGGCAGAGCCAGAGCCCGUGCGUCCCCCGGCUCCUGAGAGCCGCCAGGUGGCUGUCGGCCAGGAUGUCUGCCUGGAGCUGGAGACGGCAGUGGAGGCUGGCGAGGUGGUGUGGCACAGAGGCUCGGAGCGCAUCCAGCCCGAUGGGCACUUUGAGGUGGUCUCCCGAAGUGGGCGGCAGAUGCUGGUGAUCAGGGACUUCAGGGCCGAGGACCAGGGGGAGUACCGCUGCAGCCCUGCCCAUGGCCCCAGCCCCCCAACAGCUGCUGCCUUCCAGGUGGUGCUGGCUCAGGACUCUGGGGCUGAGGCCCCUGCACAACCCAGCCUGCCCCCUGAGGCGGCCCAGGAGGGCGACCUGCACCUGCUGUGGGAGGCCCUGGCCCGGAAGCGUCGCAUGAGCCGGGAGCCCACCCUGGACUCCAUCAGCGAGCUGCCGGAGGAGGACAGCCGGGUGCAGCACCUGCGGCUGGAGGCAGAGGAGGCCGCCCCCGACCUCUCCGAGGACUACUCCACGGCCGAUGAGCUGGCGCGUACCGGGGAGGCGGACCUCUCGCACACCAGCUCGGACGAUGAGUCCCGAGCAGGCACCCCUUCCCUGGUUAGCUACCUCAAGAGGGCCGGGAGGCCGGGAGUCUCGCCUCUGGCCAGCAAGGUUGGGGCUCCAGCAGUUCCCGCUGUGAAGCCACCGGAGCAGCCACAGCAACCACCCGCAGCACAGCUGCCGCCAGGAGACCUGCAUGGGCCCUGUGUGGACGAGGCGGCCAUGAAGAUCCAAGCCGCCUUCAAGGGCUACAAGGUCCGGAAAGAGGUGAAGCGGCAGGAGAGGCCUGUGUUCUCCCGCACCUUUGGGGACACAGAGGCGCAGGUUGGGGACACCUUACAUCUGGAGUGCGUGGUGGCCAGCAAAGCGGACGUGCGGGCCCGGUGGCUGAAGGACGACGUGGAGCUGACCGACGGGCGGCACCACCACAUCGACCAGCUGGCGGACGGCACCUGCUCUCUGCUGGUCACUGGCCUGGGCCAUGCUGACACCGGCCGCUACACCUGUCAGGUGACCAACAGAUUUGGGCAGGUGGCCCACAGCGCCUGCGUAGUGGUCAGUGGGACAGAGAGUGAGGCCGAGAGCUCCUCGGGAGGUGAGCUGGACGACGCCUUCCGCAGGGCCGCCCGGCGGCUGCACCGGCUCUUCCGCACCAAAGGCCCGGCCGAGGUCUCGGACGAGGAGCUCUUCUUGAGCGCGGACGAGGGCACCGUGGAGCCGGAGCCCGCCGACUGGCAGACCUACCAAGAGGACGAGCACUGCGUCUGCAUCCGUUUCGAGGCCCUGGCUGAGGCUGAGCGGGCGGUCGCCUGCUUCCGGGAGACGUUUGCCACGCUGGGCAUCGGGGUGGAGAUCAGCCUGGUGGAGCAGGGCCCCCGGAGCGUGGAGAUGCGCGUCUGUAGGGCAGCCCCUGCCCCUGGCGCGCCCCCAGAGCCAGCACCCGGCCUGCUGCCCGCCGACACGGCCCCGGUGUUUGUGACGGAGCUGCAGAACCAGGAAGUACAGGACGGCUAUCCCGUGAGCUUCGACUGUGUGGUGAGGGGCCAGCCUGUGCCCAGCGUGCGCUGGUUCAAGGACGGGAAGCUGCUGGAGGAGGACGACCACUACAUGAUCAACGAGGACCAGCAGGGCGGCCACCAGCUCAUCAUCACAGCCGUGGUGCCCACGGACAUGGGCGUCUACCGCUGCCUGGCGGAGAACAGCAUGGGGGUGUCCUCCACCAAGGCCGAGCUGCGUGUGGAACUCACGAGCACAGACUACGACACUGCGGCCGAUGCCACAGAGACCUCCUCGUACUUCAGCGCGCAAGGCUACCUGUCCAGCCGGGAGCAGGAGGGGACAGAGUCGGAUGAGGGGCAGCUGCCCCAGGUGGUGGAAGAGCUGAAAGACCUGCAGGUGGUCCCUGGCACACGCCUUGCCAAGUUCCAGCUCAGGGUGAAAGGCUACCCAGCACCCAAGCUGUACUGGUUCAAAGAUGGCCAGCCCCUGACUGCAUCUGCCCACAUCCGCAUGGCUGACAAGAAGACCCUGCACACCCUGGAGGUUGUCUCUGUGGCGCGGGAGGAUGCUGGACAGUACUCCGCCUACAUCAGCAAUGCUGUGGGCGCCGCCUACUCAUCUGCCCGGCUGCUGGUCCGCGGCCCGGAUGAGCCCGAAGAGAAGCCAGUGUCAGCUGUGCCUGAGCAGAUGGUGCCUCCCCGGGUCCUGGAAAGAUUCACCCCCAAGACAGUGAAGCGGCAUUCCAGUGUCACCUUCUCCGUGAAGGUAGCAGGACACCCGGCCCCCACGGUGCACUGGCUCAGGGAGGAGGCCGAGAGGGGUGUGCUCUGGAUCGGCCCUGACACGCCGGGCUACACUGUGGCCAGCUCUGCCCAGCGGCACAGCCUGGUCAUGCUGGACGUGGGCCGGCAGCACCAGGGCACUUACACAUGCAUCGCCACCAACGCCGCUGGCCAAGCCCUCUGCUCGGCCAGUUUGCACGUCUCAGGCCUGGCCAAGGAGGAGGAGCAGGAGAAGGUGAAGGAGACCCUCAUCUCCACUUUCCUGCAGGGGACAACCCAAGCUAUCUCAGCACAGAUGCUGGAAUCCGGGAACGUGGCUGAGCUUGCUGGACAGAAGAAGGGAGAGACCCUGGCAGCUGAGGAGGCCGGUGGCCACCUGUCCCUCGCUGAGGUGGGCACGGAGGAGUUCCUGCGGAGACUCACCACCCAGAUCACGGAGAUGGUGUCAGCCAAGAUCACGCAGGCCAAACUGCAGGUGCCCGGAGGCGACAGUGACGAGGAGUCCAAGACACCGUCCGCGUCCCCCCGGCACGGCCGGUCUCGGCCAUCCUCCAGCGUACAGGAGUCUUCCUCAGAGUCGGAAGACGGCGACUCGCGUGGUGAGAUCUUCGACAUCUACGUGGUCACAGCCGACUACCUGCCCCUGGGGGCGGAGCAGGACGCCAUCACUCUCCGGGAAGGCCAGUACGUGGAGGUGCUGGACUCGGCCCACCCGCUGCGCUGGCUCGUGCGCACCAAGCCCACCAAAUCCAGCCCCUCCAGGCAGGGCUGGGUGUCGCCUGCCUACCUGGACAAGAGGCUCAAGCUGUCACCAGAGUGGGGGGCCCCCGAGGCCCCUGAAUUUCCCGGGGAGGCCAUGUCAGAAGCUGAGUAUAAGACGAAGCUGAGUGCCGUGGUCCAGGAGCUGCUGAGCUCGGAGCAGGCCUUUGUGGAGGAGCUGCAGUUCCUGCAGAGCCACCACAUGCAGCACCUGGAGCAGUGCCCCCACGUGCCGCCGGCCGUGGCCAGCCAGAAAGCAGUCAUCUUCCGCAACGUGCGGGACAUCGGGCGAUUCCACAGCAGCUUCCUGCAGGAGCUGCAGCGCUGUGACACGGACGAUGACGUAGCCAUGUGCUUCAUCAAGAACCAGGAGGCCUUCGAGAAGUACCUGGAGUUCCUGGUGGGCCGCGUGCAGGCCGAGUCCGUGGUGGUCAGCACGGCCGUCCAGGAGUUCUACAAGAAAUACGCGGAGGAAGCGCUCUCGGCUGGGGACCCCCUGCAGCCGCCCCCGCUGCCCCUGCAGCACUACCUGGAGCAGCCGGUGGCGCGGGUGCAGCAGUACCAGGCCCUGCUGAAGGAGCUCAUCCGGAACAAGGCGCGGAACAGGCAGAACUGUGCGCUGCUGGAGCAGGCCUAUGCGGUCGUGUCGGCGCUGCCCCAGCGGGCCGAGAACAAGCUGCACGUGUCCCUCAUGGAGAACUACCCGGGCACGCUGGAGGCCCUGGGCGAACCCAUCCGCCAGGGCCACUUCAUCGUGUGGGAAGGGGCUCCGGGGGCCCGCAUGCCCUGGAAGGGCCACAACCGCCAUGUCUUCCUCUUCCGCAACCACCUGGUGAUCUGCAAGCCGCGGCGGGACCCCCGCACCGACACCUCCAGCUAUGUGUUCCGAAACAUGAUGAAGCUCAGCAACAUCGACCUGAACGACCAGGUGGAGGGGGACGACCGCGCCUUCGAGGUCUGGCACGAGCGGGAGGACUCGGUGCGCAAGUACCUGCUGCAGGCCCGCACGGUCAUCAUCAAGAGCUCGUGGGUGAAGGAGAUCUGCGGCAUCCAGCAGCGCCUGGCCCUGCCCGUGUGGCGCCCCCCGGAUUUUGAAGAGGAGCUGGCCGACUGCACAGCUGAGCUGGGGGAGACGGUCAAGCUGGCCUGCCGGGUGACCGGCACGCCCAAGCCUGUCGUGAGCUGGUACAAAGAUGGGAGGCCGGUGGAGGUGGACCCUCACCACAUCCUCAUCGAGGACCCUGAUGGUUCGUGCACCCUCAUCCUGGACAACCUCACCGGGGCAGACUCCGGCCAGUACAUGUGCUUUGCAGCCAGUGCCGCCGGCAAUGCCAGCACCCUGGGCAAGAUCCUGGUACAAGUCCCACCGCGGUUUGUGAACAAGGUCCGGGCGGCGCCCUUUGUGGAAGGGGAAGACGCCCAGUUCACUUGCACCAUUGAAGGCGCCCCCUACCCUCAGAUCAGGUGGUACAAGGACGGGGCCCUGCUGACCGCCGGCAACAAGUACCAGAUGCUGAGUGAGCCACGUAGCGGUGUGCUGGUGCUGACCGUCCGGGCGGCUGGCCGGGAGGACCUCGGGCACUAUGAGUGCGAGCUAACGAACCGGCUAGGCAUCACGCGCGGCGGGGGGCACCUGCACCUGCGGAGCCCGGCACUGCGGGCCCGAGACCAGCACCACAGGGAGCAGCUCGUGGCAGCUGUGGAAGUCACUGAGCAGGAGACUAAGGUCCCCAAGAAAACCGUCAUCAUAGAGGAGACCAUCACCACCGUGGUGAAGAGCCCCCGCGGCCGGCGACGGUCCCCCAGCAAGUCCCCCUCCCGCUCUCCUUCCCGCGGCCUGGCCGGCCCGCAGUUGGCACCUGAGCUGCCGUCCUCAGCAGGGCCCAGCCAGACCCACAGGCCUGGGGCAGGGCCAGGCUGGAAGCCCACGGUGCCUGCACUGUACGUGACGGAGGCCGAGGCCCACUCCGCAGCCCCGCCUGGGGGCACCAGAGCCCAGCCCCAGUGGGUGGAGGUUGAGGAGACCAUCGAAGUCCGCGUGAGGAAGACAGGCCCCCGGGACGUGUCUCCUGCCAGAGAGGGGCCUGGCGGGGACCCCAACACCAACAACUCCAACAACAAGUGGCUGGCCCAUGGCGUCCUGCACGGGGCUGCCCCUGAGCCUGAGGGGACAGGAGCUCCCCUGGAGGAGGAAGGUGUCAGGCUUGAGGAAGAGGAAGAGGAAGGCCUGUGUGCCCGGGACCCCAAGAUCCUGAAGCGUGACGGCCGCGUGCUGACGCUGGCGGACCUGGAGGACUAUGUGCCCCAGGCCGGGGAGACCUUUGGCCGCGGCAGCCCCGGGCCCCGGGCCCCUGAUGACCUGCCCUGUGAGGUGGCUGUGCUGCAGCGCGAGAUCUCAGAGCCCACCGUGGGGCAGCCCGUGCUGCUGAGUGUGGGGCGCCCGCUGGGACCCCCGGCCUCCCUCAGGCCCGGGUCCUGGGGCCACAGUGCCCAGGGUGUGUCCUUCCUUGGGCCCUGGACGCCGUCCUGCCCAGGUGCAGCCCGGGUGCAGCGUUGCACAGACAGCGGCCAGAGCAGCUUCAAGACGGAAGUUUCCGCCCAGGUGGUCAGCUUCGGGGCUGUGGGCGAGACGGUCACUCUGCACAUCCACCCAGAUGGGGAUGAGGCCCCCGGCCCCUCCCAUAGUGCCCCGUGAGGCUCCGAGGCCUGGUCACCCUUGACUCUCAGGCUUUGCCCUGCGCCAGGAAGUCCCCAACUUGCCCGGGACACAUGCUUGGACCCCACCCCUCCUUGCUUUCCACAACUCAGGGCCCUUCCUACCUCACUGGACUUGAGCUUCAGCCAAAGCUCUGGGAGCCUCACAGAGCCAGCGGUCUCCUCCCUCGUGGGCCCCUUCCACCCCAGCGAGCUGGGGGCCUGAGGCCCCUUGGAGGUUCUUCCUGCAGGGUGGGCGUUGGGGGCUGGCUGU